AUGGAGGGCGCCGAGCCCCGUGCACGGCCCGAGCGUCUAGCCGAAGCUGAGGCGCGGGCGACCGACGGCGUCCGCCUGGUGGAGGUGCAGCUGAGCGGCGGCGCCCCUUGGGGCUUCACCUUGAAGGGCGGCCGCGAGCAUGGCGAGCCUCUGGUCAUCACCAAGAUUGAAGAAGGAAGCAAAGCUGCAGCAGUCGACAAGCUACUUGCUGGAGAUGAGAUAGUGGCCAUCAAUGAUGUCAGUCUCUCAGGGUUCAGACAAGAAGCAAUUUGCCUGGUAAAAGGCUCCCACAAGACCCUGAAGCUUGUGGUCAAAAGGAAAAGUGAUUCAAGUUGGAGGCCUCACUCCUGGCAUGCUACCAAGUACUUUGAUGUCCACCCUGAGCCAGCAGCCUCAUUGUUUCUGAACACCAGUGGUUCCCCUUCCUGGAAGAGCCAGCACCAGGCUAGUUCUUCCUCCCAUGAUUUAUCUGGCUCAUGGGAGCACACAAGCCUACAGCGCACUUCUGACCACUUCAGCUCCAUGGGCAGCAUAGACAGCCUGGACCACAGCUCCCAACUCUACCCAUCUGGACACCUCUCAUCUGCCAAGUCCAACAGCAGCAUUGACCACCUGGGUGGCCACAGCAAGCGAGACUCAGCUUAUGGCUCCUUUUCCACCUGCUCCAGCACCCCUGACCACACCUUGCCCAAGGCUGAUGCCUCUUCCACUGAGAACAUUCUCUACAAAGUUGGCCUUUGGGAGGCCUCCAGGCCAGGCAGCAGUCGACAAAGCCAGUCUACAGGUGAUCCUCAGGGACUGCAGGACAGGCCAUCGUGUUUCAUACCUAGGGUUCGUGGUAGCAGUAGUAAAAGCCCAAGGCCAGAGGAUAAUGUUGAGCCCAAAAUAGGCACUUCUGGGAGAUCCAAUUUUGGGCCUGUGUGGUAUGUACCUGACAAGAAAAAAGCCCCUUCUCCCCCACCUCUUGGACUUCCUUUGCGCAGUGAUAGCUUUGCUGUGGCAGCCAGGGGCCAUGAAAAGGCACGGGGCCCUCCAUUCUCAGACUUGACCAGCAUGCAGCAUUUUACCACCCUGCCCUACGUGCAACCACGGGGAGACCGCAGAAUGGAAACUACUGAUCGACAGUGGAAGCUCGCACACCCAAACAGUGGCAAAGAAAUAGGAAAUGUGGGUUACCAGCCAGAAGGUCACCUAGAUUGCCGUUGGCUAUGCUCUGAUGAUAGGGCAGGUAGACCCUCAGGGGCUCCGGGCAGGCUGCAGUUCUCCCUGUCCAGCACCGAUGUGAACUUUCUGAAGUCUUACCAUGGGAGCCAGCACCCACAGCAGUGCAGUGAUGAGAGCCCAAGGGUCCCCUCAUCACCAAGGGAACUGCUUCAUAUAACUCCUGGUGGAUAUCUGCAGGAGCCUCCUGAACCAUCUCAGGAUGACAACCCUGCUCAGGUGAGGUGGCCUGGUUCUACUAGCCAGAAGCUAGAUGACAGAGGGCGAAGCCACUAUUUUUCUGGGUCCUCCAGGCAGCCUGUGCAGGGGAGUGCCCAGGUUGUGAUACCCCGAGGUGACUAUUGGCAUUCAGACACAACUCCUGUGGACCUUGAAUAUCCUCUCUUACGCCCAGUAGGCCAGAGGGGCUACCUACAGCAGCAUGAGGAGACCCCGGCCUCUCAUGAAAGAGAGGGUUAUCACAAGUUAAAUGCAGGGAUUGAAGGCUGCUGCUCAGGAAUCCAAGAGCCUCCUAGAGCCAGCCACACUGUGAGAGCUGGUCUUCAGUGUCCUGGCAAUGACUUGAAGUUAGUGGAUGGAGAGAGUGGGAGAAUUUCUCGUCAGAGGACACCCAUGCUGCACUCUCUGACCCAAGAUGGUGCAUGGAGGCCUGGGAACAGCAAGGAUUGUGGAAAUGAGAAGCCACCACUGCUUGAUGCCCAGGUGGGUAAACCCACACGCAGGAGUGACCGUUUUGCCACAACACUGAGGAAUGAGAUCCAAAUGCGUAGAGCAAAGCUGCAGAAGAGCAAAAGCACAGUGACACUAGCUGGAGACAGUGAAGCUGAAGACUGUGCUGGAGACUGGAGAGCUGAUGUGGGGGCUGUCCCAGAAGGUUCCUUCCCCAGCACCUAUAAAGAGCACCUGAAGGAGGCCCAGACACGUGUUCUGAAGGCCACCUCUUUCCAACGCCGAGAUUUAGAUCCCACCCCAACAGAUCAGUAUUCAGGACCACAAGAACAUAGGACUUGUGACCACACUGCCUCAUCUUCUUUAUCUUCUUUCCCUGGGGAGCCAGACUCGGCCCCACACCUCUGUGAGGCAGGUCUGGCCAAGCCACCCAUUUCUGGAGGUGGUGUAUCCCACAUUCUUCGAAUUGGAGGUCGGAAACGGUUCACAGCAGAGCAGAAACUAAAGUCCUAUUCUGAGCCAGAGAAAAUGAAUGAAGUGGGGCUCUCAGGGGACCAACGUCCUCAUCCUACUGUCAGGACACCUGAGGAUACUGUGGGUACAUUUGCUGACAGGUGGAAGUUUUUUGAGGAAACAAGCAAAUCUCUUCUUCAGAAGCCAGGCCAUAGGCAAGCUCUCUGUGGGCUCCCAAGAGAGAAAGCUGAGAGGCCACAGAUGGGGGGUCAUGAGUGUGAGAGUACAGAGCCCUGGUUCCAGAAGAGAUCACGGGCCACCUCCUGUGGAGAGAUCCUCAGUGAUGACAGAAAAGUAGAAAAGGCCUCAGAGAAAUUGAACCCACCCAGAAGGCUUGGAACCUUCGCAGAAUAUCAAGCAUCUUGGAAGGAACAGAGGAAACCUCUGGAAGCCAGGAGUUCUGGACGAUACCAUUCAGCAGAUGAUAUUCUGGAUGCUGGACUAGAUCAGCAGCAGAGGCCACAGUACAUUCAUGAACGGUCUCGUUCAUCACCAUCCACAGAUCACUACUCACAGGAAGUGCCUGUUGAACCAAACAGGCAGGCAGAGGACUCUGGUGGCCACAAAGAAGCACUUCUCUGUACACUACAAGCUGAGGAGGGAUGCUCUGCUCCACACUCCUCUGCACUCAGCAGUGUUCAGUCACAGGACAACCAGCAUGUGAAUGAGGAUACAACUUUCCCUCAACCAGAAGCCCAGCUCUCUUCCAAGUGUCAACACCUACAGACAUCAGCCAUGGAAACUUCUCGUUCCCCUUCACCUCAGUUUGCCCCACAGAAGCUAACAGACAAGCCUCCCCUGCUUAUCCAUGAAGACAACUCAGCAAGAAUCGAGCGGGUGAUGGAAAACAACACCACUGUGAAGAUGGUGCCCAUAAAAAUCGUGCACUCAGAAAGCCAGCCUGAGAAGGAGAGCCGCCAAAGUCUCGCAUGCCCAGCCGAGCUGCCUGCGCUACCCAGUGGGCUGGAGAGGGACCAGAUCAAGACACUGAGUACAUCAGAGCAGUGCUAUUCCCGCUUCUGCGUGUACACACGACAGGAAGUGGAAGCUCCUCAUAGAGCCCGCCCUCCAGAGCCCCGGCCACCCAGCACCCCUGCACCUCCUGUCAGAGAUAGCUGUUCUUCCCCUCCCUCACUCAACUAUGGGAAGGUCAAGGAGAAGACCGUGGAUGACUUGAAAUCUGAAGAAUUAGCCAGGGAGAUUGUGGGAAAGGACAAGUCUUUGGCUGACAUCCUGGACCCCAGUGUGAAGAUCAAAACUACCAUGGAUCUGAUGGAGGGAAUUUUUCCCAAAGAUGAGUACCUUCUAGAGGAAGCUCAGCAGCGGAGGAAGCUGCUCCCCAAAGUCCCCUCACCCAGAGUCACAGAGGACAAGAAACAGGACCCAGGUGUGCCAGGGGUUGUGUCCUUGGCUACCAAUUCCACCUAUUACAGCACAUCAGCCCCCAAGGCAGAACUGCUUAUCAAGAUGAAGGACCUGCAGGAGCCUGAGGAGUAUUCAGCAGGUGACUUGGAUCAUGACCUUUCCAUUAAGAAGCAAGAACUCAUCGACAGUAUCAGCCGCAAGCUGCAGGUGCUCCGGGAAGCACGGGAGAGCCUGCUGGAGGACAUCCAAGCCAACAAUGCUCUCGGUGAUGAGGUGGAAGCUAUUGUGAAAGAUGUCUGCAAGCCCAAUGAGUUUGACAAGUUUCGGAUGUUCAUUGGGGACCUGGACAAAGUGGUGAACCUCCUGCUGUCACUGUCAGGACGCCUGGCCCGUGUGGAAAAUGCCCUUAAUAAUUUAGAUGACAAUCCUUCUCCUGGAGAUCGGCAGUCACUGUUGGAAAAACAGAGAGUCCUAACUCAGCAGCAUGAGGAUGCCAAGGAGCUUAAAGAGAACCUGGACCGUCGUGAGCGCAUUGUGUUCGAUAUCCUGGCCACCUACCUCAGUGAGGAGAGCCUGGCUGACUAUGAGCACUUCGUGAAGAUGAAGUCAGCCCUCAUCAUUGAGCAUCGAGAGCUGGAAGAUAAAAUCCACCUGGGUGAAGAGCAGCUCAAGUGUUUGUUUGACAGCCUACAGCCUGAGAGAAGCAAAUGAGAGGCCCAUUCCUGCAGAAGGUGGACACCGACCGAGCCUUGAAGAUUAUCCCUGGGACUACAAGAGUAAACCCAAACCUAUUUGCCCAUCUCUGGAGAGACACACUCUGGAGCCACAAGGCUAGUAAAAAAGCAAUAAUGUCCUGCUAGUAUGUGAUGAUUUAUUUAUGAUUUUCAUUUCUGUUAGUUUGCUGAGCAUAGUUUUGUAUCACAUGUGAUUUCACAGAGUGCCAGGCUUUGCUAGUCAACAAGGGUUCCCUAACCCUCCUUUGCAGCAGUGGCACCACUGUUCCUCCCUUGUGUAGAUGCCAAAUACAUCCCUACAGUGCAUGAGAGGAAAGACCCUUGUGAUUUAGCCAGGCAUGGGCUGCUGUGUGUUCUGUCCUUGUUCAUUAAACAGUGUGAGCAUUCAUCAUUCUGUCAUCAUGACAUUCUCUGACCAGUAAAAAUCAGUGAUGAUAAUUUAUUGAUGUGUGGAAAACAUGAACAGUUUCCUAGUAGUUAAAACUAACUAUAAAAUGAACAACCUACAUAUUGAAUUCAUUCAUUCCAAGAUUCAAAUUAUCACAUAACUUGUGUGCAUGUUUUGAAACACCCCAGAUAGCUAGUAUCCCUCUUGUCACAUCUUAAAUAAUUUCUAGCCAAGUGAUAUUAAUUGGUUAAAUGUAUGUCUACUAAUAAAACAUUGCUUGCUCUUUAUUUCCUGAGACCAAUGGAAUAUUUUGAAGUUUCCUUCCCCAGAAGACUAAUUUGUUUGUGUACAUAAUCUUUAAUGAUAAUCAGUGGCUUAUGUCUUUUUUUUUUUGUCUGUUACCAUGGGCCACAUGCCACGUACCUUAAGACUUAAGACUCCAUCCAAUAGUCAGAGGUCCUGUGGAGUGACUAGUGCUUACAUUUGAAACAGUUUUGUCCUUAACAGUUCAAAUGGCAAGAUGACAAAUUAAGUGUUACUCAUUAAAGCUACACUGUCAUCCUGUUGGUUUCCAGUUGACAGGUCAGAGAUUGGGAAAAGACAUUCGUAAAUCAUGUGUCUGACUUGUUGUUCAUUUUGUUUUUACUAUUAUUUGUUUGUUUUAGAAGAGCCUAACCCAGAUCGGCUUCAAACUCCUAUGUAGUCCAGUGACCUUGAACUCCUGAUUCUCCUGCCUCCACUUUCUGAGUUCUGGGUUUAGCAGCAUAUCCCACUUCAUGGCUUCAUAUAUCUAUCUAAUAAAGGAUAUGUAUAAAGAACUUCCAACACCCAACAGUAGAAAUGGUUUGAAAAAAGUGGGCAAAAGACUUGACUAGACACUUCACCAAAGAAGAUAUAUGUAUGGCAGAUAAACACAUGAAAAAUAUUCAGCUACCAGUGGCGUGUAUAACUUACGUUAAAUGUGUGUAGAUUUGGUGUAGUUCAAAAGGUGUUUAUGUAACUAAAUGCAUGGUGAGUGAUGAGCAAGUCCCCCUGGUGACUUGAUAUUUAGGCAUCACUAGUCUUUGUUCUAUCAAGGGAUUCUUUAAUUUGUAUGUUCCCCUGAGGUUGCAGCAGAUACAAAGAUUUCCCUCUCUUGGCAGUAGCCAUACCUUUUCCAAAAUACACAUGCACACUUUUAUCCAUGUGUAUGUGCAUGUGUUCACACUCCCACACACAGGACCAGAAUCCAUACUUCUUGAGCCAGAGGAAUCGACAUUGACAGCAUAAGCUCUGGUGAAGAUGAUAGUGUCCUCCAUACAGCUGAGUCAAGAUGGGCCAGCUUCUGUACUGCAGAUCACGGAUGGCGUGGUUGACAACCUAUCACUGUCAGUCAGAGGAAAGGCUUUGCAAAAGUGUUGAUUCCUAUUAAAUGAAGCUACUCUACCUUUUGAAGUCCCUGAUCUGCCACUGCAGCCUCUUUCUCCUUCCACUUGGUCAUCCCUUGCUGUGAAUGUGGGUCAUGUCAGAAAACACAAAGCUGGCUCUCCACAAACUUUCCAAGGAAUUGCAGACUAUUUUGUUUUUAAUUUACAGCAAGCUAUUUACCUGUGGUUCUUUACCCCCAAAUACAGUGUUGUGAACAUUUUUAAUGAUAUGUGUGUAACAUGUGAGUAAUGGAAUUUGUUUGUCUGUAACCUGCCUUUUCAUGUUGCUUCAGGAUUGUCUGUUAUGGGAAACAAUAUGUAGUACUCUAGCAUGCUUGUAAUGAAACACAUAACAAUUUUGACCUUCCUGUUUGUUCCCUGCUUUUGCCUAUUCCAUGUCUGAUCAGCAGGGAACCAAGAAUUCCAGAGAGUCCAUGUAUAUAUGUCUAUGAAUUGUGAUAUUACUGCAUAAGAAACAAUCUGGUGCUAAUGGUUGGUCCUUGGCAUGCAUAGGCGUGGGCAUGGGCACAGCUAUGGAACAUUCUGUACAUAUACUGACCUUGCUUGUGGCUUUACACUGAACUCUACCCUGGCAAAUAUGCACAUUCAUGCUUGAUGCUUACCACUUAUCAACAGAUCCUCUUGCUUGACUUUAACAAAAUAAAUAGUGUCUUCAAAUGAAAGAAGAAUGUCUUUAUUUCCUACUGCAUAGCUUUGUAAAAAGAAUAAAAAUACCAGUGCUGGGCAUGUAGUCCACAAGAAAGGGUAUGAACAUAGUGCCCUGAGUUCAAAUAGUAGUAUUCCUCGUCCAGAAAAUAUCCUAAGCCAGGCACAGUAGCAAACACUUGCAAUUCCAGUCCCUAGAGUGGUGCACAGCUGGACCCACAGCACAAUUGUUCCUUCCAUGUACCGGUGCCAAACACAUCUCUAAAGGGGAAUGGUAGAUAAAAUUCUUGUGGUUUAGCUUGAUGCAGGCUGUAUUUUGUCCUAAGUCAACAGUGUGACCAGUUAUCACAUCUGUCAUAAUUCUAUGACCCAGCAAAAAAUCAGUGGUAAUAAUUAAUGUGUAGGAAUAUAAACAGUUUCCUGGUGAUUAAAAACAAACUAAAAUGAACAAUAUACAUGUCGAAUGUACUCAAUCAAAGAUUAAAAUCUUAAGUGC